CCGCCCCGGGCCCGCCCCGGGCCCGGGUGGAAGCGGAAGCGGAGCGGCGGCGUUGGGCAGGCCGGGCAUGGGGGUCUGCACGGGGCGCCCACGGGUGCUGCUGCUGGUGCUGCUGGGCGCGCUGGUGGCGGGGGGAGCCUCUCUGCGGCUGCUGGAGACCGAGCCCGCCAACUGCUCGCUGGAGGAGCUGGGCUGCAUCAUCAGGAAAAGUAGCUGCUUGGACAAGAGCUGGGUCAGGCCGCACAGCCUGACCCCGUCGCCCCCCAGAGAGGUCCAGGCCCAACUGGACUUCACACUGACCCAGCAUGGAAGCCUGCUGCCGCUGCUCCGCAUCGAGUGGACACUGAAGGGAGAUGCUAGCAUCCUGAGCCUGAAGGGCGCCGAAGUGUCUGUCCUGCAGGUGAACACUAAUGAACGUUUGUGCGUCAAAUUCAAGUUUCUGUCCACGGUGCGACCUGAGUAUGCUAAGCGGCUGCGUCUGGCCUUCAGCAACUUCGUGGUGGAGCCUAACCAGGACUAUGUGGUGAUUGUCCACCACCUGCCUAAGCCUGGCUUUGAUGGGGAGCCCAACCACCUGUCUACGACCUUCCAUGUACCUGGGUGUGAGGAUGCCAUAAUGAAAAGGACCACGCCGUGUGUGAGCUCAGGCAGCCUCUGGGAGCCCAACGUCACAGCAGAGAUGCUGGGGGCGCAGCAGCUGCAGGUCAGCUUCAACCCCUGGAACGAGUCUGCCCGCUACCAGCUCUUGCUCCAGAGCUUCCCCCGAGGGGACAACCACAGCUGCUUCAGCACCAUCCUGGACGUGCCUGGCCCCACAGCAGAGAGCGCCCCCCGGACCAGUGUCAUACUCAAACUGUCCCAGUUCUCCGGGUGCUGCCAACACUACGUGCAGAUCCAGCCCUUCUUCAGCAGCUGUCAGAACGACUGCCGCCGGCACCCCCUGACUGUGCCCUGCCCAGAGGUCCCCACCACCACACUCAGACCAUCCUGCUUCCGCAGAGUACAUCCCCUGUGGGCGUAUGGUGUCAUGAUGGGCGUGGCCAUCCUGCUGGUGGGCUCCGUCAUCCUGGCCACCAUCUGCAUGACCUGGACACUGGCAGGCUCUCGUGGUGAGAAACGCAGCGAGGAUGCCAAACUCACAGGUGACCAGUCCAGCCUGUCACCACCUCCACUGAAGCCCCAGAAGGUGUGGCUGGUGUACUCAGCAGACCACCCGCUGUACGUAGAGGUGGUGCUCAAGUUCGCCCAGUUCCUGCUGACAGUGUGCAGCACCCAGGUGGCACUGGACCUGCUAGAGGAGCAAGCUAUCUCGGAGGCUGGUGCCAUGCGCUGGCUGGGCCGGCAGAAGCAGGAGGUGGUGGAGGGCAGCUGCAAGGCGCUGGUGCUGUGCUCCCGGGGCACCCUGGCCAAGUGGCACACGCUGCUGGGCCAGGCGGGGCCGGGCGUGCACCUGCGCUGUGACCACGCGCGCCCAGCCGGGGACCUGUUCACCGCUGCCCUGAACCUCAUCCUGCCUGACUUCCGACGGCCCGCCUGCUUCGGCGCCUACAUCGUGUGCUACUUCGGGGGCGUGAGCUGUGAGGCCGACGUGCCAGAGCUAUUCCGCGCUGCGCCCCAAUACUCGCUGCCAGGCCGCCUGGAGGAGCUGUACUUCCGCAUCCAGGACUUGGAGAUGUUCGCGCCUGGCCGCAUGCACCGCGUGGGGGCGCUCAGCCCCAACGGCUACCUGCAGAGCCCUGCCGGCUGGCAGCUCCACCAGGCCCUGCAACGCUUCCGGGCCUGGCAGGCCCGGUACCCAGACUGGUUUGAGCGGGAGAACCUGCUGUCUGCCCGGCCGGAUGUCUGGACCCUGGAGGAGGAGCGGGAAGAGGAGGAAGAGGUGGCAGGCGGACUGGUGGAGCCGCUGCUGUGCCUGCAGGGCGGCAUCCUACGACAGGAGCCCCUGAUGCAAGAGGCUGCUUCCCACAGCUGCCUCCUGCUGGACCUGCUGGCCACUGAGGACACGAGGGGCCUGUCCAGGCUGGAACUUCAUCCCCUGGGGCCCCAGGUAACCGGGACUCUACAGACCACGGUGCUCCCUGCUGACGUGGUGGCCCCAGCCCAGGCCAUGGAGCCCAUCCCUGCGGCUGCAGAGGGAGGUGUGGCCAGCCGGCUGACCCCACUGGACCCUAGUGAAGCCUGCCCACUGCCCCAAGGCCCCCGGCGGAACAGCAUCCUUCUUCACCACCCUGCCCAGGCCUCGGAAGUUCCACCUCCCAGCAGCACCCCCAUGCCAGCAGCACCCCCAGAGCCUCUACUGGAGCUGGAGGGCCUGAUGCUCUCUCUCUUCCAGCAGAGUCUGCAGGGUGGGUGGGAGAAACCUGGGGGUGCCCUCAAGGACCCCCGUCUGCCCAGUGAAGAGGAGCAGUCAGACCAGGGCUAUAUCUCCAGGAGCUCCCCACUGCCCCCCGACGGACAGCUGGACACAGAGGAGGAGGAGGAUCCAAGCCCGCAGGCCCAGCCACUGUCCCCCCAAGACCUAGAGAAGCUGAGGUGCCUCCAGCAGCAGCUCUUGUUCCAGGGGCUCCAACAGCCCUCAGGCUGGGGCAGCACAGAAUCAGGGGGGCUGGCUGCCCGGCACCCCCCUACUAGCCCCGAGUGUGUGAGCCUCAGGGAGGUGUGUGAGCCCACAGUCACACCUGUGGGUCUUCAGAUGCCUAUGUCCAGGUGUGAGGGUGCACCUUCUAGAUAGUCGCUUCUGAGCCUGGGCAAGUACCUUUCCAUCUCCCUUUCUUUCAUUCCUUUUCUUUUUAUUUUAUUCUCUCUCUCUCUCUCUCUCUCUCUCUCUCCCCCUCUCUCCCUCUCCCUUGUGUAUGUGUGUUUGCACAUGCCUCAUGCAUGAUAUAGUUGAGUAUCCUCUCUGGCCUUUUUUUCUUUUUCUAGAGAAUGAGGAGAGAGGAAGAGACACCACAGCAGCACUUAACCAUCCACAGAGCUUCCCCUGUCCCAGCCACGGUGCUCCCAUGUGGUGCUGGGGCUUAAACCAGGGCUUUGCACAUGAAGGUGAGUGAACUCGACCAAGUGAGCUCUUUCCAAGCUCCCAGAUCCUUUGAUUUUUCUUGAUUUGUUCCUUUAUUUCUUGUUAUCACCAGAGCUCUGCUGCUCUGGAAUGACUUUUUUCAGAUAGAGACAGAGUCACACACACAGCAAAGCUGCCCACUAUCCAAGUGAGCUAUUUCGCUGACCUUGUCUGCUCGUUUUCCAGCCCUGCAAGAGCCCACAGUCCAUUCCCAGGAGAUGGGCACAAGAGUGUCCUCCAGUCUCCUUCAGUCACUUAUUCGGUCGGUCGUUUGUCUCCUGCUGUCCGCCAGAGCACCCCAUACUGCAGGAACUGGCGCCGUGAUGGCCUUUGGCCACCAGGGAGCAGUAGCUGAGAGAGCAAGUGCUCUGUCAGGUGUAAUGGUGGCAAGAGGUCUGGUGGGAGAGCAACUGGCCAGGGUGGAGCUGGGAGGAACACAAUUCCCUCGGCCCCAGGGGGUGGGGGCUGGCUGAAGCAGGCCAGGAAGCAAGUGUGGAGGUGUGGAGGGAGGAGGUGUCGACUUACCAUCGCCCAGGCUACGAAGACGAAGCUGGGAGAGCUAACAGCAUCACGCAGGGCUCCUUCCUAUGGGUGAAGCCCCAGGUCAGAGCAGUGUUGUCAACAUGUGCUAGGGUGUUACUCUGGCCUCUCAGCCUCAUCCUCUCUCCAGGAAUAAAGUCAAUUAAAAAAUGCAAAAA